GUCAUUCGGCGAUCGAUUGUGCCGCUGUGAUCGGUGUAUCGUACUCGGGAUCGUCGAACAUGGCGUGGACCAGGUAUCAGAUCUUUCUCGCGGGUCUGUUGGUUUUCACCGGAUCGCUCAACACUCUAGCGACCAAAUUCGCCGAUGGCCAAGAUGCCCCCGGCAGGACCGGUGGUGUCUGGAAAAACGGCACGAGUCUCCGUCCGACAACUGAGGUACACAAUUUCAAUCAUCCGUUCCUCCAAGCCACGGGAAUGUUUGUCGGUGAAUUCUCGUGCUUGUUGGUAUUCAGAAUCGUCUCGUGGAUCCACGCCAAGCGUAACACUCCCGAGAGCGAGCUCCCGGACAUUGUGAAGGGCAACCAAGAUUUCAACCCGUUCAUUUUCUACCUGCCUGCCCUCUGUGACAUGGUGGGAACCUCCAUGAUGUACAUCGGUCUCACUCUGACGUAUGCCUCGUCUUUCCAAAUGCUGCGAGGGGCUGUGAUCAUUUUCACCGGAAUCUUCUCGAUGGUGUUCCUCAAGGCGAAGCUCCACCGAUUCAAAUGGCUCGGCAUCGUUCUUGUGCUCGUGGGUCUCAUCGUGGUCGGUGUCUCCGAUAUUCUGCAUGCCGAUGCGGAUGCCAAGGCUCUAGGAGGGAAUACCGAGGGGCAGAAAAGCAGCUCCGCCGUCAUCACCGGAGACUUGAUUAUCGUUGGCGCUCAGGUGAUUACCGCCCUGCAAAUGGUUCUGGAAGAAGGAUUCGUCUCCAAGACCAACGUUGCACCCCUGCAAGCUGUCGGGCUCGAGGGUCUCUUCGGCAUGAUCACUCUCGGUGCUCUUCUCGUACCGUUCUACUUCAUCAAGAUCGGUCAUGUGCCAAUCGACGAUUCCAUCGAUGGUAUCGUACAAAUCUUCAACAACAGAUGGAUCGCCGUCGGUUUCGGCGGAACCCUGCUUUCGAUCAGCUUCUUUAACUACGCGGGAAUUUCUGUUACGAAGCAGCUGUCGGCGACGACUCGAAUGGUUCUCGAUUCCGUCCGGACGAUCAUCAUCUGGGCGGUGAGCCUUGGGGUCAGUUGGCAGAUCUUCCACUACGAGACUGUUAUCGGCUUCGUUGUACUGCUUUCUGGGAUGGCGGUAUACAACAACCUCCUCAUCGUUCCGUUCAUGGCGAGCAAAGGUUGGAUCACAAACCCAGAGGACGAGGAGGAAAAAGAUACCGGAGCUUUCGCGGACGAGCCUGUGGAAUAAAGUUAAUUUUUCGCGAAAACCCCAAGGAAAAGAAAUCCUGAGGAAGACUCUGCGGGAUGCUAUGAUUUAGGUGCGGUCGAAUCAAUCGAAUACAUACAGGUCCAAAUGAAAAAGAAAUGCAUCCUGGUCGAUCCGUGGUCAUGGUAAUUUAUUGACCCACAUACUAUAUGCGUGUAUGUAUCUUAGAAGUUUUCCAAAAGGUAAACAUAUCUAACUUUU